GCGAAUAAGAACGAGAGAGUCGGGUCCAAUGUUUAGGUGCAAAAAGAAAAGUGAAAAGUUUCUUUUCUUUUCACACCGGCCAAUUUGGAGUUUUAUUGCUGGAAAAGCCCGCAGCUAUUACGAGAGAGAAGGCGAUCGAGCAAAGAAAGGAAACAAAAAAAGGAGGUGGUGACGAGUCCGAAAAGUAUACACACUGGCGAAGAGGAGAAAGAAGAAAAGGACAAAAACAAAAGGCGAAACGCAAGCAAAGCGAAAAAGCGUGCCGAUCCGAGCUGGAAUGAGCGAGUGAGAGAGGGAGACGAAUAGCGAAAAAAUCCGAACGCUGCUGGUGGGCGAUCGGUUGCCGCAUCAGUGUGAGCGAGAACGAACGCGUGUGUGUGCAGCGGAGCGGAAAAGAGAUCGACAACUGGCGGCGUUCAGGCAAAGUGUGAGAAACCACUCUCGCAAGCAAGGGUCGGCCAAGAGGAAGGUGUGCUCGGGCAGUGUACGCAGAGCAGGCACGAGAAAGGUGCUGCCCGAAGGAUAUCGUCGGCCUAGUAGCGCAGAGCGUCAGCAUAACAGUUUUCGUGCGCGAUCGUGAUUGAUGUUCGCACAUCAGAGGCCCCCGGUUUUGAAGGGAAAGCUAGGAAAUCUAGGAGAGCGUGUGUAGUGAUUUGGCUGUGGUUCAGUGUGCUACCGCGCAAGGAUUUGAUUUGGAAAUUGCGCCAUUCUACGGUUGACCCGGGUUCAGGCGGACACAGAAAGACAGAUAGACAGCAGCGAUCGAGUAGUGAUAAGAUAUUGUGGCGAUCACCUCAUUUGGGGACUUUUUAGUUUGGGAGAGUGCUGAUCCUGUGAUCUUGCGGAUGUGCCAGUGUCGAUUGAUUUCCGGUUUCGAUAGACCUGCACGGUCACACGUGAGAUCGGAGCAAAAAUGAUCGGUUCGAUACAAGCUACUGUUAGUGUACGAGCGUAGAUGGUUCAGUUUUGCAUAUUUGGAUUGAAGCACUGCUGAGUGUUUUGUUACCUGACGGAGAAAGAAGUGUUCCUUGGUUUAUUGGUUUUGUUCCUUUUGUUGGUGGUAUAAACAUACUUGAAGGGGCAAAGGAAGCCCGGGGAAGGAACAAAAAGAAGUUCGAGGAUGGAACUGGUGACAUUUAUUCUGGUCUGCCUGAUGGCGGUCAGCGCGAACGGUGAGGUGGAAAGCAAGAGCAAACCCGGACGAGGACGGGGAUCCAUGUGGUGGGGAAUCGCCAAGGCGGGUGAACCGAACAACAUUUCACCGCUGGCCAACGGAAUGAUCUAUAUGGAUCCGGCGAUUCACGCCACACUGCGGCGGAAACAGCGAAGGCUAGCACGGGAGAAUCCGGGCGUGCUGGCGGCCAUUGCGAAAGGGGCCAACAUGGCGAUCAACGAGUGUCAGCACCAGUUCCGCAACCGCCGGUGGAACUGUUCGACGAGAAAUUUUCUGCGCGGCAAGAAUUUGUUCGGGAAGAUCGUGGAGCGAGGAUGUCGAGAGACGGCCUUCAUCUAUGCGAUCACCAGUGCUGCCGUGACGCACAGUAUUGCCCGAGCUUGCAGUGAGGGAUCGAUCGAAUCAUGCACUUGUGACUACUCCCACCAGAGCAGAGCACCUCAGGCGAACAGUCUGGGAACGGUGGCCGGCGUACGGGACUGGGAGUGGGGUGGCUGCAGUGACAACAUCGGGUUCGGGUUCAAAUUCUCCCGGGAAUUUGUGGACACCGGCGAACGGGGUCGGACGCUGCGUGAGAAGAUGAACCUGCACAACAACGAAGCUGGACGAGCGCACGUUCAAUCGGAGAUGCGACAGGAAUGCAAGUGCCACGGGAUGUCCGGCUCGUGCACCGUCAAGACCUGCUGGAUGCGGUUGCCAAGCUUCCGAGUGGUGGGCGAUCUGCUGAAAGAUCGAUUCGAUGGCGCCUCCCGGGUUAUGGUCUCCAACAGUUUGAGGUCCACGGUGAACGAGGCUACCCUAUCGAACCGAGCCAAUCCGAAUGGGCUGAAGGGACCUAAUCAGCUGGGCUCCAGUCCGAACAGCGUGUCGAGCAAUUCGAUCCACGCGAGGAGUCACCAGCAGAAGAAAAUCAAUCGAUAUAACUUCCAGCUGAAACCACACAAUCCGGACCACAAGCCACCGGGCGGGAAGGAUCUGGUUUACCUGGAACCUUCGCCCGGGUUUUGCGAGCGGAAUCCCCGCCUCGGGAUCCAGGGAACGCACGGUCGCCAGUGCAACGACACGUCGAUCGGGGUUGACGGUUGUGAUCUGAUGUGCUGUGGUCGAGGCUACCGGACACAGGAGGUCAUCGUGGUGGAACGGUGUGCCUGUACGUUCCACUGGUGCUGCGAGGUGAAGUGUAAGCUGUGUCGGACCAAGAAGAUUAUUCACACAUGCUUGUGAGGUGCAGGGCAAAUCCAGUCGAGUCAUGAAGAAACGUUCGCUUAUGCUUUUUCCCGCGUCCACAUCGGUCCGUUUUUUUUGCGUUGAUCUCUGAAUCAUAAUCUCGCGGUGAAGUUUGAGCCGAAGGAGAAUGGAUGGAAAAACACAGACAAAAAGCUCGCGCGACAGUCUCACAGUGUCCAGUCAGUCAGAGUGGUCAUCCGCGAUGUGGGAACCGAAGUCGGGUCAUAAGAGGAAAAAAACGAGAACAUCGUCUUAUCUUAAAUAUUCGACUUUUGUUUUAAGUUAUAAUGGAUGACAUUUUGUGACUCUCCCGGCAAGAGCGUUUUUUUUAAUCUGGUGGAAUUUCAACUCCUUUGGGAGUAGCAGAAAAAGUUUAAGAUAAAAACUGCGGCGAGAUUGUGAUUCCGGGGCUCAGCCAAGAGGGUGAGCGUGAGUCGACGGUACGGAAAAUUGUAAAUACUUCAGCUUUUUAUAAAUAUUAUUUAAUUAACUGAAUUGACAACCAAAAAAUAUUAUAUAUUUUUGCUUGGAAACUUUUUUCUUUAGUUAUUUUUUGUGACCGAGAGUGAAAAAUAAUGUUAAGAAGAAGGACCUCCUCCUUUGCUUGUAGCCUUCCCGCAAAGGUCUCCUCCCUUCGAGGGGACGUGUAUGUUGUCUUUUGCGUGUACCAUAUAUAAGUAUUUAUUGACCUAUUCGGAAAGCAGAGAAUGCAAGAACCAGCAACAAUUGUUUCAGUAUUAAAUGUUUUAUUUAAUCCCUGAUUAACUAUAGUAUUGUGAAUCUUAGACAAACCUGAACAGUGACCUAGCUCUGUAAGCGAAAACGAGAUCCCAGUUAUUUAGUGUUGGCAUAAACAAAAUGUUUAUUUAGGUAGGAUGUACAGAGAGACUAUCAAGUUUUAAUUAGUUGUACGUGUAUUUUUUGCAUAAUUGUAACCACCCUAGCUUGUAGUGGAUCAACAAUUUAGAACUGACUAACAAUCAAACAAAAGACUGAUAGAAAUUAAACAAUUUUGCCUCAAAACGAAGAAACGAUAGCUUUGUUUUUCAAAAUUUACAGCUGUUUUUGUAGGAAGUUCAGUGCAGGCACUAAUUUGCAGAAAAAGCUUUCCUUACGGUGGUACCAAGUGAAUCGAUUGAUUUCGUUGAAUAAGGAUGGAAACCAUCAGGACAAAAGUUCCACUGACAACUGAAAGGAAUGAUCCAAACCGGAUCACCACUUGAAAACUCCGAACAACGCUCGUAUCGUCUUUGUGACUGAAUGAUUCGACAGACCCUUUUGGGUGAAGCCUUGAUUUUCUAUCUCAUUCGCACAAUUAACAAUCAACGGAACGAGUCGAUUGGCCCCCCAUCUAGCAACAUCUAAGAUGGAACCGUCUAGAUCCGACCAACAUCUCAGGGUCUGAAGGACGGUUGCCGGAAGCUCGCUUCGGCUGGUUUCACUCUAAAGUUCACCUUGAAUCUUUCCAUCACAACCAAACGAAGCACGAGACGAUUGAUUCUGAUGUUUUCAAGAUUUGAUCCGUAUUGAACCAUUCUGUCCGGAACGUUAGGAUGGACGAAUGUUAGGAAGGUGUCUUUCCUUAUUCAAAAAUCAAACAUUUAAUCUUGAUCUACUUAUCUGCGUUGGAAUUAAUCAAAAUCAUUAACUAGUUACUAACCUUUUUCGAGUUUUUGCUUUCUUCAAACGUCAACUGGAAAGCAAUCAAUUAUGUAAAUAUAGUUUUCGUAGGUUACUGUAAAAAUAAACUAUUUUCAAUACAUGUUCCAACAAUUGCUGCUUAUUUAAAAAUAUUGUAGUAACUUAUUAACAACGUCCUGUUUCCCUGUACCUUUAGUCUAGAACUACAGCUGACAAGUUCGGGAUUGAACUGUGCCCAUAGCCACGUAAGAUCUUAGGAUUUAAGAUUACAUUUCCGAUUUGUGUACAUACAACAAAACCGCUCUUGUAGUAGGACAGGUGAUAAUUGUUUUAAACGAUCUAACUUUAGCAAGCAACAAUGUAUAACAAGCAACAACUAUAUUUGUGUGGCACCUUAAUCGAUAGGACACUGCUCUCCACUACUCUAUCCUGCAGCGGAGAGUGAUGACCAUUUGUAUAAGAAAAAUAGGCUCCCUACGUAGUUAUAUUAAAUGUAUGUUUGUCUCUUUACUAGUAUUAUGUGUUUGCGUAGACUUUGCGAGGAUUGUGAACUUGAAUGAAUGUGACAGUGCAAAUUAAUACGUUUACUGAAUGUUGGGUAAAAUCGAGGAAAAAUUCUAAAAUAAA